AUGUCUUCCGCUUACUUCAUCGUCGAGUACGGCCCUAUCGGCAACACCCAGACGGGUCGCAUCAACUUCAAGCUCUACAAUGACGUUGUCCCCAAGACCGCCACAAACUUCGCUGAGCUCUGCAAGAAGCCCGAAGGCGAGGGCUACAAGGGCUCCAGUUUCCACCGUGUCAUCCCCCAGUUCAUGCUCCAGGGUGGUGACUUCACCAAGCACAACGGUACUGGCGGCCGCUCCAUCUACGGCGAGAAGUUCGCAGACGAGAACUUCGAGAAGAAGCACACCAAGCCCGGUCUGCUCUCCAUGGCCAACGCUGGUGCUAACACCAACGGCUCCCAGUUCUUCAUCACUACCGUUGUCACUAACUGGCUUGAUGGUAAGCACGUCGUCUUCGGCGAGGUGACCGAGGGCUAUGAGCACGUCAAGGCCAUUGAGGGUCUUGGCUCUGGCUCCGGCUCCGUCCGUGGCACUGCCAAGAUCAUCGAUUGUGGCUCCUCUUAA